AUGAAGUCUAGUACUAUUGCUUUAAUUGCCACAGGUGUAGUUGCUACCGCAGGCCUCGGUUACUUGGUAUACUUUGAUUCCAAGAGACGUAGCGAUCCUUCUUUCAGAAAGCAGUUGAGACGUGAACGUAAAGAAGCUGCCAAGGCUUCAAAGGAGGCCGAAGAAAACUCCAAACAAACUAAAUUGCAAUUGAUUGAAAAUGUCAUUGUUGCAUGUAGCAAAGAAGCAUUACCCUCUUCACCUGAACAGAAAGAAGCAUACUUUAUGGAACAUGUUGCUGCUGGUGAAGGAUUAUGUGGACAAGGCCCUGCUUUCUACGAUGAAGCUGUUUUGCCUUUCUAUAAGGCACUCAAGGUUUAUCCUGCUCCUAUGGAACUACUUACAAUUUACGAAAAGACAAUCCCCGGACCUGUUUUCCAAACUAUUGUUUCCAUAUUGUCCAUCGAGCAAAAGGCAAUGGAGGGUCAAGUCAAUGAAACCCCCGAAGCUGCUGCUGCUUCUGCCACUGGUGUCGAUGUCGAAGUAGAGUAA